CACACACAAGAAUCACAAACAAAGUUUCCCCAGAACUCUCUCUCUCUCAAUUGUUAAAGCUUCGAUCUUUUGAUACAAAUUUUACUAAUGUCUUACUCCGAUAAUAACUCGGACCCGAAUCAACCCAAACCGGGUACCCGUCUCUACAACCCCUAUCAGGAUCUCCACUUACCCUCCCAGACACUCUACCAUCUCCCCACCUCGCCCGAAUAUCUCUUUACCGAGGAAUCCCUCCACCAACGCCGCUCUUGGGGCGAAAACCUUACCUUCUACACCGGCUCCGCCUACCUCUCCGCUUCCAUUGCUGGCGGCGCCGCCGGAUUCUUCUCCGCUUUCCGAUCCUUCGAGCCCACCGAUACCCUCAAGCUUAAGGUCAACAGGAUCCUCAACUCCUCCGGUCAUUCAGGUCGGGUCUGGGGUAACCGGGUCGGAGUUGUGGGUUUGAUUUACGCCGGGAUGGAGAGUGGCAUCGUAGCGAUCACCGAUAGGGACGAUGUGUGGAGUAGCGUGGCUGCUGGGCUUGGAACUGGGGCGGUUUGUAGGGCGGCCAGGGGGGUUAGGUCGGCGGCGGUGGCAGGUGCGCUUGGUGGGUUGGCGGCUGGUGCGGUGGUGGCUGGGAAGCAGGCGUUGAAGAGGUAUGCAAUGAUUUGAAGGAAAGAGUGAGAGAGAGAGAGAGACCAAAUUGAAAAGGAUGAUAAAAAAGUGAGUUUUUAGUUUUUUUAUUAUUAUUAUUGAGUUGUAUUUGUUUCAUUUUUUAUAAUGAAUCUGUUGUUAGUGAUUACAAUGAUCAAAAAAGACUUGUUGGAAUCAAAAAAUUCAAAGUAAUUUGUUAGCAUAAUCAUGCUGAAGAAUGACACUGAUGCAACUGGUUCGAAGAUGAAUAUCAUUCUAUCUUUCUUGUA